AUGGUACAGGAGGAGGAAGUAACGAAGGAACCAUAUCCAACUGGUGUUCCUACUGCGCAUAUCCUACAAAAGCUUUCUGAUGCCCUUUCUUCCUUCACUGUACCUGAUCAGAAAAUUUUGGAAAGGACUUCUAAAGGGUUUUCGAAGUCUCCAGUGCAAGAAAUUGAUGAAUAUUUCGAGCUUGUUGCUAAACUUGGUCGACCACUUUUUAAAUGGGAUAUAAUACGAUGUGCUUUUCUUUGGAAGCUCGAACAAACGAUGUCAGAAAUGCUGUCUGUGGAGGCGGAAAAUGCGGUUACCGAGAAUGAUAAAAAAAUGCUCAUCUCAAAUGAUGAUCUGCGUCAACAACGCCAGUUUAUUUUGCUAAAAGCUGCCGAAUUCGACGGAACACCUUUUACCUUUCAAAGGUUGUGUGAACUUUUGAUUAGUCCUUCUCGACAUUACAAACGAACAGACAAAUAUCUUCGAGCUUUGGAAAAGAAUAUCAAUGUGGUAACGACAAUUACGGAAAAUGGAGAACGAAUAACAGGAGUAGAACCAUUUCCAGGAGAGCUAGACGUUAAUCCCACGCUUCGCAUUGAAGAGCCAUUCUUCGUCCAGGUCGAUGAAUGUGACGCGCCAAUAGAAACGAAAUUGAUUGCUGCUGGAGACUAUCCUAGCAGAGGAAACGGAUCUCCAGAAACAGUUGCAAAAGAACUAGAAAUUGGCGAUUGUGCUCCAAUCAACUUGUCUCCGUCACGCGAUGCUAAGGAUGAGCUGCCUGAAAUUAAACAAGAGAACAACUUAGAGCAUAAAGCAGAACAUGGCAACACACCAGUCGAACCGUUUGCAAAACCAGGAGUACAAAAUGUCAAACCGGAAGAGAUGAAGGACCGAGAUUAG